CAGACCGGACGCUCUUGUCCUCACUUCCAAGAUGGCGGACCUCCUCGGCUCCAUCCUGAACUCGAUGGAGAAACCUCCGACAGUGGGAGACCAGGAGAGCCGGCGGAAGGCCAGAGAGCAGGCAGCAAGGCUCAAGAAGAUGGAGGAAGAUGAGAAAAGGAAGAAAGCAGAAUUCAGGAAAAAGAUGGAGAAAGAAGUGUCGGACUUCAUUCAGGACAGUGCACAACAGAAAAGAAAAUACAAACCGAUGGGGAAGAUUGAAAGAAGUAUAUUGCACGAUGUAGCAGAAGUGGCCGGUCUGACUUCUUUUUCUUUCGGGGAGGACGAGGAGAGCCGAUACGUCAUGCUUUUCAAGAAGGAAUUCGCUCCGUCAGACGAGGAACUGGAAGCAUAUCGCAAAGGAGAGGAGUGGGACCCCCAGCUGGCGGAGCAACGGCGCAGACUAAAAGAGCAGGCCGCCCUGGAGGAAGCAGCCUCCAGCCAGACGACUCAGUCUCAAGCGUGUCCCAACUCCAACUACAGGGAUAAGUACAGCCACCUGAUCGGCACCUCCGCCGCCAAAGACGCAGCCCACACGCUGGAGGCCAACAGCGCCUACGGCUGUGUGCCGGUGGCCAACAAGAGGGACACCCGCUCCAUCGAGGAAGCCAUGAACGAGAUCAGAGCCAAGAAGCGGCAGAAGCGAGAGGACGAGCCGGCGGCACGCUCCAGCGCUUCCUGAGUCUCCCGCGUUCUCUGUGCCGUGUGAGUGUGAGCGGAUGCAUCUGCGUGUUUGAGGAGACCCGUCUCGUUCAUCCCCUGUCCCGGUUUUGCGAAGAAUGAUGAGACUCGUUCCCGUCUGCCGUCAAGCGUUUCGCGUAGAAAAUGGAGAGCUGCAGUUUAGGUGUCUUCUUUUAUUUUUAAACUCUGAUUUCAAGAUAACGGGUACUUCAGCACGCCUGCUGUCUGCGUUCAUGCUUUUGAAACAACAAAUUGGAGAUUUGUAAUGCAGGUGUGUUUCCACAGUCCUGAGCAGAAGGUGUGUUGUUGGAAAUAUCGGCAGGCAUCGAGCCUCGGCUGUAAAGGAUUCAGGGCUCUAAAGCCAGAUUUUAAGACAUUGUUAAGUCUCUCACUGACCUUGUUUAAAAUAUGUACUGCAGUUUUAAAGGGAACGGAGGGAAGGCCAUCUUUUAACAGCGUUUUGGUUUGAUUUGAUUUUUUUUUUUUCUUGACAUUUUUUGUCUUCAUUUUGAGGAAAAACUGCAUUGUGGAUUUAAAAUGAGGUCUGUGUCUGUUUGUUUCUCUAAAUCUGCACUGACUGUGAAAUGUUGUGUUUCUCCCGCUUAAUGUUUGAUUACUGAGCCAUGCGAUGGCUGAUGAGAGGCGUCAUGGGGACGGGGACAUUUUGUUUCUUUUUUUUUUUUUUCUCUCUUUGUCUUGAUCAAGUAUUGAGUCAGUAACUGUCAUCAGCGCCCGGAUGUCUGGCUCAACAUGGUUGCACAAUUUUAUCCCCAUGUGUUAAUAAAGGAUGUAUUAGUAUUAGC